UAAAAACGGAAGCUUAGGGGGGGCUUAGAGCGCAGAGUGGUUUGGCUGCUCAGCGUAGACUUGUCAUCGGUUUGCUCGUCGACUGCGGCUCUAUAUUGGGCAGCAGAAGCGGCGCUGUGAACGAAGAAACGGCCUAAGACUUUGGCUUAAGGUAGGAAGAGAUGGCCCGAACCAAGCAGACUGCGCGUAAGUCGACGGGUGGAAAAGCGCCCCGCAAACAGCUGGCAACUAAAGCCGCCAGGAAAAGCGCCCCCUCUACCGGCGGGGUGAAAAAGCCUCAUCGCUACAGGCCCGGGACCGUGGCGCUGCGAGAAAUCCGUCGCUAUCAGAAGUCGACGGAGCUGCUGAUCCGGAAGCUGCCUUUCCAGAGGCUGGUGAGGGAGAUCGCCCAGGAUUUCAAGACCGACUUGAGGUUUCAGAGCGCUGCCAUCGGCGCCCUGCAGGAGGCUAGUGAAGCGUACCUGGUGGGGUUAUUUGAAGAUACCAAUCUGUGUGCCAUCCACGCCAAGAGAGUCACCAUCAUGCCCAAAGACAUCCAGUUGGCUCGCCGGAUACGGGGGGAGAGAGCAUAAGCGAAGGCAGUUUUUAUGGUGUUUUGUAGUAAAUUCUGUAAAAUACUUUGGUUUAAUUUGUGACUUUUUUUGUAAGAAAUUGUUUAUAAUAUGUUGCAUUUGUACUUAAGUCAUUCCAUCUUUCACUCAGGAUGAAUGCGAAAAGUGACUGUUCACAGACCUCAGUGAUGUCAGGAGUGACAAGUUGCUAAUAUGCAGAUGGGAUGGGAUGGGUGAUACUUCUGCUUCUCAUGAUGCAUGUUUCUGUAUGUUAAUGACUUGUUGGGUAGCUAUUAAGGUACUAGAGUUGAUAAAUGUGUACAGGGUCCUUUUGCAAUAAAACUGGUUAUGACUUGA